CAAAUAUUAACAAAAUUUUAAUUUGCUAAUAUCAUAUGCAAUAAUAUUAUUGCGGAAACCAUUUAUUUGAGUCAAUUAUCAUGGAACAUAACAAUGAUAAUGAUGACACAGAACCUAAUUCAAAAAAAUUUAUCUCAUUUAAACAUCGCGAAUCUCUUUUGACACAAUUGUUUGCUACUGAUCCGAAUCUACGCAUGAUACAUGAUCUGAUAGCUUUAUUUAUAUUUGUAUUUUUGCUGUGUAAAAUUGAAGUUUUCAUUAAUGAACCGACUAAAUUCUGGGAAAUUUUUGAUGGAUACAUUCGGAAUUCCAGUGAUUUGGGUCAAGUCAUNUUAGUUUUGUUCAACAAUUUUUUUCAAUAUCGAUGGUUGAUCAAUAAUUAUAAGAAUAACAAUUAUAAUUUAGAUAUUCUGUAUGAAAUGCAUGAAAAUCGACAAUAUGCGGGAUGUUUAUAUCAAAUAAUUUUAUACACAAUGUAUUUGUGCAUUUCCAUUUUUGCAAUUCUAUUCUAUUGUACUUAUUGUAUAUUAGUUUAUGAUAUCAAAUUAGUCGGAUCAUUCAUCUUGUUGAUAGAAAUGACAAGACUUUUGAUGAAAUCACAUUCUUUUUUCAUCGAGAAAAAAGAUCUUUUCAUUGAAAAAGAAACAUUCAAAAAUUUUAUGAUCAAUGAACAACAUACAAAUAUCUGUAGAUCAUUCUGGGCACUUCCUUCACGUGCCAGUUUUCGAAAAUAUAUUUACUAUAUGUUUGCACCGACUUUGAUAUAUUGUGAUUCUUAUCCAAGAACGAAAAAAAUCCGAUGGGGUCGUGUUUUGAAUUUCGGUUUUCAAUUCAUUUUAUUCAUUCUAUUGACAAUGUAUUCCUUUUAUCAAGGUUUUACUGUCAAUUUAACGAAAACUUGUACUGAAAGUAUAGAGCUUAAUUUUAAACUAUUAUAUGAAAUAAUGAUCGCUGGAAUGAUUUUUUAUUGGACAUUUUUCUACGUUUUUUUUCAUCUUUAUCUUAAUUUGACUGCUGAAUUGUUACGUUUUGGUGAUCGCAAUUUUUAUGAAGAUUUUUGGAACAGUAAAUCAGCAAAAGUAUAUUAUCGAAAAUGGAAUCAUGUUGUACAAAACUGGUUAUAUGUUUAUGUAUUUAUACCUGUUGAUAAUCGUUUUAAAAAUCGUAUAUUAACCAAUUUUGCUGUCAUUUUGACCUCAGCAUUGAUGCAUGAAUAUAUUGUCAUUUUUUAUUUUCGGUUUUUCUUUCCACUAAUGUUUAUUUUGUUUGGCAUUUCAAGUAUAAUUGUAUUAUUAUUGGAAAAAUAUGGUUUAGUCAAAAAUUUGGUAUCGAUUAAAUUUGUCUUGAUAAAUUGGACAAUUAUGGCGGCAAUUUUUGUAAUGGAAUGGAAUUACAGAACCAGUUGUCCAUUAUCGGAACCAUGGAAGCAAAUUUUAUUACCACGUUUCAUGCAUUAUGUGAAAAUUUAGUCGUUUUAAAAUGAUAUUCCAAGUUUAAAUUAUCACUUUUUGACAUUUUCUUAAUAAAUGUACUGAAAAUGAAUUUAUUCAUUUUAUUUCAUAUUUUCAACUAAA